GGAGCCUCGGUCCGUGUGAUGCGUGGAGGCAGUGGCAGGAAAUGGCGAGGUCGUGUUGCACGCGGAAGCUGUGCGGACAGCAGCAGCAGCAGCUGCAGCUCUGCAAGAAGAGGAAGAGGAGAAGAAAUGGCCAAUGAUCGGAACGAGGCCCACCCAUCCCAACCGUCCCUUUUUCAUUGAAGAAUAACCCAACCUCCUCUCUCUCUCUCUCUCUCCCCUUCCAAAAACCGCUGCUUUCCCAUUUUCCAGGUGGAAUAGGAUCCGAUCGGUUCUCAUCUGCAUUCCGCUGCUUCUCGCUUCUCUUGUAAUCUCUUCGUUCUCGCCUGCUGUAUAUAUUGUAGCUAGGGAGGGGAAGCUGGUGCGAUCUUUCUCUUCUUAAAAUGGCGGAAUCGCCUAAACUGCUUUAUAUAGUCGUAGUCGACGACGACAAUGGAGGAGGAGUCACAAGGAUAGAUGGAGAAGGGAAUGUGUCUUUUCGGUACACGCGGCCCGUGCUUCAGAGCACUCUCCAGCUCAUGGGAUGCAAAGCACGCCACGCUUUCAAGAUCAGCCGAAGGGUUUUUGAAGUGAUGAGGAGCGAAUGCCUCGGUGAUGCUUUGCCUCCUGAGAUGGAAACAUUCCAAUCUAAUGCUUCCCAGCAAUGGGUCCAGAAAGAAAUUGGACAUUAUACAAUUGGUUCCUUGGGUCAAGGAGAGGCUGGAGAUGAUUCGGUUGUGGUGAAGGAUGAGAAAAGUAACACUGUACCAUUUGAACUAUACAAAAGACGCACGACUGUUGUUGUUAGAAGAGAGACUUUCUUGGAUGUUGUUUGUGAUUCUCUUUCUCAGUAUAAGUAUGUGGGCCCCAAUCAGAGGGCUGACUUGGUAUUGGCAUGCAGAAUUCGAGAGAGGAAGGAAUCUGUCACUAUUCUGUUGUGCGGCACAAGUGGGUGUGGCAAAUCUACUUUGUCUGCAUUGCUGGGUAGCAGAUUGGGUAUUACUACUGUGAUUUCCACUGAUUCUAUUCGGCACAUGAUGAGGAGCUUUGUGGAUGAAAAGCAAAAUCCUCUGCUCUGGGCUUCAACAUAUCAUGCUGGGGAAUUCUUAGAUCCAGUUGCAGUUGCAGAAGCGAAGGCCAAACGGAAAGCGAAGAAAUUAGCAGGAAUCUUGCACUCACUCAUCAAGGAUGAAUUAUCUGAUGGAGCUUCUAGUGAGAAACCUGACAGCAGACCUGCAGAUGUCAGUUCUACUUCUACUACUGAAUUGAUUGGUGUGAAGCAGAUGGCGAUUGAAGGAUUUAAAGCACAAAGUGAGAUGGUUAUUGACAGUCUUGAUCGCCUGAUCACUGCAUGGGAAGAGCGAAAAGAAUCAGUGGUUGUUGAGGGUGUUCACUUGAGCCUCAAUUUUGUGAUGGGCCUCAUGAAGAAGCAUCCAUCAAUCAUACCAUUCAUGAUUUACAUCACGAAUGAGGACAAACACCUGGAAAGAUUUGCAGUUCGUGCCAAGUACAUGACACUGGACCCUGCAAAAAACAAAUACGUGAAGUAUAUCCGCAACAUCAGAACUAUUCAGGAGUACCUCUGCAACCGUGCUGACAAGCAUCUGGUGCCCAAGAUAAACAACACCAAUGUUGACAGGAGUGUGGCGGCCAUCCAUGCCACAGUAUUCAGCUGCCUACGCAGGCGUGAUGCAGGGGAGCAACUCUAUGAUCUGACCACAAAUACAGUAGCCUUAAUAGAUGAAGAGUACAGGAAUCAGUGUGCUGCAAACUCUCUGAGCUCCAAGGGAAUGUUCCAACUGAUUCAAAGAAAAGGGUCUUCUAGGCAUCUGAUGGCUCUUCUCAAUACUGAUGGGUCUGUAGCAAAGGCUUGGCCUGUUGAGGCAGUUGAUGGUGAUGGGAAGACCAUCUCAUGCCAUGGGAGUGAUAACAAGGGCAUUGGGAGUCCAAUGUAUGGACCUUUACAGAUUGGGAAGGCGGAGCCAGUUAAUCUCCAGUUUGGUAACUUUGGAAUCAGCGCUUGGCCCAAUGAUACCGGUGGUACUAGUCAUGCUGGAAGUGUUGAUGAAUCAAGGGCAGAUGUCGCUGAGACUGGGAGCAGAUAUUAUUCUUCCUGUUGCAGCUCACCAAGGGUAUCUGAUGGACCUGCCAAGGAGCUCAAAGAGGAAUUAUCUGUGUCUGGCAGCGAUGAAGAAGCGGAAGAUCCUCCUGUUGUAGAUAGUGAUGAGGAUCUUAGUGGAGGUGACAAGGAGGUUCAUGAGGAGAUUGAGGGAUCUGUUGAUGAGGAGUCCACAAAGUCUGAUGAGGAGUAUGAGGAUCUCGCCAUGCGUGACGGACAAGAAAAUGGUUACUGGUCAGAUGAUGAGGAGGAGCUGCCAUUGCCAGGCAAUCCAGCAGAUAAGUACUCUCAGAAUCUCAAUCUCUUCCUAAAAACAAGCGACGAGCGUAUGUUGUGUUCUUACUCCUCUCUGUUAUCUGAUGAGAGGAACCAGCAAGGAAGCAUGACACUGGCAGAGGAUGGUAGGAUGAGGAAACAUUCACUUAGGGACCCACGGUUCCAGGGGCGUUCCCAAAGCAUUCCACCAUUGGGUAAGUAUGGGUCAUUGUUCAACAACGGGCCCAUACUUACAGGAGCACCUCAGAGGUAGCAGUUUGAGGUAUUUUUUGUGUAGAGCUCUUGGAAUUUGAGGCGAGAUGUGGAAUUGGUUAGUUCUUUUUUCUUUUCUUUUCUUUUUUUUCUCUGCUGCUGCUUUUUUUGCCCUAUACAAGUGAAUGUGAAUGCUCAGGAACGAAGACUUCUCAGAUUUUUCGUUUUGUUUUCUUUUGCCCUACGUGUGACUCCCCUCUCUCCACUCGUGUGUGUGGAAAACAUACCACUCAAUUCUGUGUGAGAAAAAUAGAAAUGCUUCUGGCUUUGGCCUUUGAUUUAAGUUCCGCGGUCUUUGAAGCA